AUGGGUCGAGUCUCCUUCGCCGACGAUGUAAACGAGCGCACCAUCGACGAGAUUGAAGAGGAGCCGGUCAAUAUAUAUGAGUAUCAGAAUACUCCAGACAACAAGUCUUGGGCGGGUGCUCUCCCGCUCAAGCAGGGCCUCUACGACCCGGAGCUUGAGAAGGAUGCCUGUGGUGUAGGUUUCGCCGCCCAUAUCAAGGGCAAGGCGAGCCACAAGAUCGUCACAGAUGGUGAGAGUAGCAUGUGGAAGCCAUGCUAGAGACCAGCAGCUAAUACGCGAUAGCACGUAACCUUCUUUGCAACAUGACCCACCGUGGUGCGGUCGGUUCUGAUGCAAGAGACGGCGACGGUGCUGGUGUCAUGACCUCCAUUCCCCACAAGUUCUUCGUCAAGAACUUUGAGAAGGAGCAGGGCAUCAAGCUCCCUGAGCCCGGCAAGUACGCUGCAGGAAACGUCUUCUUCAAGCCAGAAGAGGAGACUCUCAAAGAGACCCUCGAUAAAUUCGAGGAGAUUGCAAACGAACUCGACCUACGAGUACUUGGAUGGCGAGAGGUUCCAAAGGACAGCAGCCUCCUCGGCCCAGCCGCCAAGUCUCGAGAGCCCAUCAUUCUGCAGCCAUUCGUUGUGCUGAAGUCGAUCUACGGAGACGGUAAAGAGCCCAAGCCUGAUUUCAACGACAAGUACAACGAGCAGGCCUUUGAGCGACAGCUCUUCGUUCUGCGGAAGCGUGCUACACACGUCAUUGGACUGCACAACUGGUUCUACCUAUGCUCUUUGAGCAACAAGAACAUCGUCUACAAAGGCCAGCUCUCACCCGUUCAGGUCUACGAUUACUACCACGACUUGGUCAAUGUCGACUAUGAAGGCCACUUCGCGCUCGUACACUCACGUUUCUCUACGAACACUUUCCCAUCCUGGGACAGGGCACAACCUCUGCGAUGGGCUGCACACAACGGUGAAAUCAACACUCUGCGAGGAAACAAGAACUGGAUGCGCGCACGAGAGGGCGUGCUCAAGUCUGAAUUUUUCGGCGACGAGCUGGAAUCGCUCUACCCGAUCAUUGAAGACGGCGGUUCCGACUCCGCGGCUUUCGACAACGUCUUGGAGCUUUUGGUGAUCAACGGCGUUUUGUCGCUGCCGGAGGCUGUGAUGCUAAUGGUUCCAGAGGCAUGGCAAGGAAAUGACCAUAUUGAUGGUACGAAGCAGGCUUUCUACGAAUGGGCUGCCUGUAUGAUGGAGCCAUGGGAUGGUCCAGCGCUCUUCACCUUUUCGGACGGACGAUACUGCGGUGCCAAUCUGGACAGAAACGGUCUUAGACCCUGCAGAUACUAUGUUCUUGAUGAUGACCGCAUCAUCUGUGCCUCCGAAGUUGGCACAAUUGCCAUUGAUCCAUCUUCCGUUGUCCAAAAGGGCAGAUUGCAACCCGGACGUAUGCUUCUGGUUGAUACACAGGCCGGGAGAAUUAUCGACGACGCAGAGCUGAAGGAGACGGUGUCCAACCGACAGGACUUCCGAGCUUGGCUAGAUUCUCAACUGCUUGUGAUGCCAGAUAUCCACAAGAAGCUUCUUGAGAACGGCACCGACCUUUCCCACAAGCUCACUGAGACCAGGGUGCAGGAAGACCCGCGACUAAAGGCCUUCGGCUAUUCUUUGGAGCAGGUUUCUCUUCUCCUUGCACCUAUGGCUGCUGAUUCCAAGGAAGCACUGGGAUCCAUGGGCAACGACGCUCCUCUCGCGUGCUUGGCCCAGCAGCCAAGACUGCUGUUCGAAUACUUCCGACAGCUUUUCGCCCAGGUCACGAACCCUCCAAUCGAUCCGAUUCGAGAGGCAGUUGUCAUGUCUCUUGGUUCUUACGUCGGCCCUCAGGGUAAUCUUCUUGAGAUGAAUAAGGAGCAGUGCCACAGACUGUAUCUGCCAUCUCCAAUGCUCUCGAUCGAAGAGUUCAACGCGCUCAAUCACGUUACGUCUGUCCAUAAGAAUUGGACAGUGGCGACGAUCGACAUCACAUUCCCCAAGGUAGAUGGAAUCGCUGGUUACGAGGCAGCUCUGGACCGCAUUUGCGACGCCGCAUCUGAGGCCAUUAACAAUGGCGACAAGCUGAUCGUCCUCUCCGACCGCAAGACCUCUUCUGAGCGCGUGACUGUCUCAUCUCUACUGGCCACUGGUAUGGUCCACCACCACCUUGUCCGCAACAGGUGGCGUGCUCAGGCGGCUCUCGUCGUCGAAACUGCUGAGGCUCGUGAAGUCCACCACAUGUGCGUGCUCGUGGGCUACGGUGCUGACGCAAUCUGCCCCUACCUCGCCAUUGAAUGUAUCCUCAAGCUCGACCGCGAAGGCUUGAUUAGAAAGAAGACGAGCCCCGAGGAGCUCAUCAGCAACUACAAGCACUCAUGCGACGGCGGUAUCCUCAAAGUCAUGAGCAAGAUGGGCAUCUCUACCCUUCAGAGUUACAAGGGAGCACAGAUUUUCGAGGCCCUUGGUAUCGAUGAUACCGUUGUCGACCGAUGCUUCACUGGUACUGCGACUCGUAUUCGAGGUAUGACAUUCGAGCUCAUCGCUCAGGAUGCAUUUGCCCUCCAUGAGAAGGGUUACCCGAGCCGCAACAUCUUGGAGAUACCGGGUCUGGCAGAGACCGGAGAGUACCAUUGGAGAGACGGAGGCGAGCCGCAUGUCAACGACCCUGUUUCUAUCGCCAACAUCCAAGACGCAGUGCGCAUGAAGAACGACAAGUCCUACGAGGCGUACUCGCGCUCUGAGUACGAACAGAUUAAGAACUGUACCUUGCGUGGUCUGCUCGACUUCGAUUUUGAAGCCACAACUCCGAUUCCGAUCGACCAAGUCGAGCCUUGGACCGAGAUUGUGCGCCGUUUCGUGACCGGUGCCAUGUCCUACGGAUCCAUCUCGAUGGAGUCGCAUUCCACUCUUGCUGUAGCAAUGAACAGACUUGGUGGCAAGUCCAACACCGGCGAAGGAGGUGAGGAUCCAGAGCGCAGUCUCCCAAUGGAAAACGGCGAUACCAUGCGCUCUGCCAUCAAGCAGAUUGCUUCUGGCCGUUUUGGAGUCACCAGCAACUACCUGGCUGACGCCGACGAGCUGCAGAUUAAGAUGGCGCAGGGUGCUAAGCCCGGUGAAGGUGGUGAGCUGCCAGGACAUAAGGUCUCUGGCCCGAUUGCGAAGACUAGACACUCCACUCCCGGUGUCGGUCUUAUCUCUCCACCUCCACACCACGACAUCUACUCCAUUGAGGACUUGAAACAGCUCAUCUACGACUUGAAGUGCUCGAACCCACGUGCACGAGUGUCGGUCAAGCUUGUCUCUGAGACCGGCGUUGGUAUUGUUGCCUCUGGUGUUGCCAAAGCCAAGGCUGACCACAUUCUCAUUUCUGGACACGAUGGUGGUACUGGUGCCUCUCGCUGGACUGGUAUCAAGUACGCCGGUCUACCUUGGGAGCUGGGUCUUGCCGAGACUCACCAGACUUUGGUGCUUAACGACCUUCGUGGACGUGUCGUUGUGCAGACUGACGGUCAGCUCCGUACCGGACGUGAUGUUGCACUCGCCUGCUUGCUUGGUGCCGAGGAGUUUGGCUUCGCAACCACGCCUCUUAUCGCCAUGGGAUGCAUCAUGAUGCGCAAGUGCCAUUUGUUAGUCUACCCAAAUGCCCUCUAUUGUGUCUAGGACACCUGCUGACUUGCCGAUGUUUAGGAAUACGUGCCCUGUGGGCAUUGCCACACAAGAUCCCGAGUUGAGGAAGAAGUUCAAAGGCACUCCGGAGCAUGUUAUUAACUUCUUCUACUACGUUUCUAACGAGCUACGUGCGAUCAUGGCUAAACUUGGAUUCCGCACUGUCAACGAGAUGGUCGGUCACACCGAAAUGCUCAAGGUCCGCGAGGAUCUGAGGAACGCCAAGACCGAGAACAUCGACUUGUCCCUGAUCCUCACGCCGGCUCACACUCUCCGAUCUGGCGUUGCCACCUACAAUGUUCGCAAGCAGGACCACAAGCUCCACGUGCGACUGGACAACAAGCUUAUUGCCGAGUCUGAGCUGGCUCUCGAAAAGGGUUUGCCUUGCCGCAUCGAAUGCGACAUCGUCAACACCGACCGAGCUCUUGGAGCGACUCUUUCUUACCAAAUCAGCAAGCGCUACGGCGAGAAGGGCUUGCCACAGGACACCAUCCACGCCAACAUUCGCGGCUCGGCCGGUCAGUCCUUCGGUGCAUACCUUGCACCCGGUGUCACUCUCGAGCUCGAAGGUGAUGCCAACGACUAUGUCGGUAAGGGCUUGUCUGGCGGCAGACUCAUCAUCUACCCUCCACGAUCUGCUGUCUACAAGGCCGAGGAGAAUGUCAUCAUUGGCAACGUCUGCUUGUACGGUGCUACUAUGGGUACUUGCUUCUUCCGUGGUGUUGCUGCCGAGCGUUUCGCCGUCCGCAACUCGGGUGUGACCGCCGUCGUUGAGGGUAUCGGUGACCACGGAUGCGAGUACAUGACUGGUGGUCGUGUCCUCGUGCUCGGCAGCACCGGACGUAAUUUUGCUGCUGGUAUGUCUGGAGGUAUCGCCUACGUACUGGAUCUCCACAAUGACUUCGAAAGUAAGGUCAACCAGGAGAUGGUGGAGCUCUCAGGACUUGACGAUCCUCAUGAGAUCGCGUUUGUGCGUGGCCUCAUUGAAGACCACCAUCACUACACCGGCUCCGAGCUCGCCGCUCGUGUCCUUCUCGACUUCAACCGUGCUCUGCCUCGCUUUGUCAAGGUCUUGCCGACCGACUACAAGCGUGUGCUUGAUGAGGAGGCAAAGAAGAAGGAGGAUGCCAAGAAGGCUGAGUAUCCUCUGCCUAUCCUCCCUGGAAACGCAGUUCGUAACCUUCAUGAGCAGUCUAGGGAGAACGAACAGGCCAAGGAGAAGAAAGCAGGCCUCAUGGAUCUUGAGGAGAGCCUCCCAGAUGACCAGUCCGAAAAGAAGCGAUCUGCCCUUGUGUUGGACAAGACUCGUGGCUUCAUGAAGUACCAACGUCGCUCUGAGAAGUACCGCUCCGCAAAGACCCGUACCCGUGACUGGGCUGAGCUCAGCUCUCGCCUCACCGAGGACGAGCUCAAGUACCAGACCGCACGAUGCAUGGACUGCGGUGUGCCGUUCUGCCAGUCCGAUACUGGCUGCCCGAUCAGCAACAUCAUUCCCAAGUGGAACGAGCUCGUGUUCCAAAACCAAUGGCAGGAUGCCUUGAACAGGCUGCUGAUGACCAACAACUUUCCCGAGUUCACUGGCCGUGUCUGCCCAGCUCCUUGCGAGGGCGCUUGCGUUCUCGGCAUCAAUGAGGACCCAGUCGGCAUCAAGUCGGUUGAAUGCGCCAUCAUUGAUCGCGGCUUCGAGAUGGGAUGGAUGGUCCCAUCCCCGCCCAAGUACCGCAGCGGCAAGAAGGUCGCCAUCAUUGGAUCUGGUCCUGCUGGUCUGGCCACUGCUGACCAGCUCAACAAGGCUGGCCACGAGGUCACCGUUUACGAGCGCUCUGACCGGGUUGGUGGUCUGCUCAUGUAUGGCAUCCCCAACAUGAAGCUUGACAAGAACGUGGUCCAGCGACGAGUAGACUUCAUGGCUGCUGAGGGCAUCAAGUUUGUCACUGGCUGCUUCGUUGGAGAGGGCGACGUCACCUUCCAAUCUCUGCGCGACACCAACGAUGCUGUCGUUCUGGCCACCGGCUCUACGGUGGCUCGCGACUUGAAGAUCCCCAACCGCGACCUGAACGGCAUUCACUUCGCCAUGCAGUUCUUGCACAAGAACACCAAGUCUCUGCUUGACUCCGAGCUCGCCGACAAUGCGUACAUCUCGGCCAAGGACAAGAACGUUGUCGUCAUCGGUGGUGGUGACACUGGCAACGACUGCAUUGGUACUUCCGUCCGUCAUGGUGCCAAGUCCGUCAUCAACUUCGAGCUGCUGCCACAGCCACCAGCGCAGCGUGCUGCCGACAACCCCUGGCCACAGUGGCCACGUAUCUACCGUGUCGACUAUGGUCACACCGAAGUCAAGACCCAUAUGGGCAGAGACCCGCGUGAGUACUGCAUCAUGUCCAAGGACUUCGUUGACGACGGCAAUGGCAACGUCAAGGGCAUCAACAUUAAGCGUCUGGAGUGGACCAAAAACUCCAACGGCGGCUGGGACAUGAAGGAGAUCGAGGGUAGCGAGGAGUUCUUCCCAGCUGAGCUGGUGCUCAUCUCUAUGGGUUUCUUGUCCCCAGAGGAGAAGGUCACCGAGGGUCAGAUCGAGCUCGAUGGCCGCAAGAACUUCAAGACUCCUCCAGGUCACUACAAUACCAGCCUCGAGGGUGUCUUCGCCGCUGGUGAUUGCCGUCGCGGCCAGUCUCUGAUCGUCUGGGGCAUCAACGAGGGUCGCCAGGCUGCUCGUGAUGUCGAUUCGUACCUCACCGGCGUAGGCACACAGCUGCCCGUCACUGGUGGUAUCAUCAAGCGGCCACCAUACGAGCUCCUCCAUAAGGCCAACGGUGCUCCUCAGGAGCUCAUCACUGCUGCGGCUUAA